AUGGGUGUAAUAGCUGAAACUGAAAAUGUACGCCCAAGAAAGCUUGGAGUUCGUCACGCUCAAACAUUUCUAUUGUUUCUCGCUGUGCUUCUUGCAUACACCAUGCGAGUAAACAUUAGUAUGGCAAUAGUAGAAAUGACUGAUGUUACUAGAGAUGACCACUUUGACUGGAGCUACAGCGUACAAUCCACGAUUUUAUCUUCAUUCUUCUGGGGCUAUGUCAUUCUUAUGUUACCUGCGGGAGAGUUGGCGAAACGUUUUGGUGGAAAAAUUCUAAUUACAAUCUCAGUUUCGGUUAAUUCACUUUUGUCGCUGUUGCUGCCUACUGGGGCCUAUAUGGGUGGUUGGCAGUUCGUUUGCGCUUGUCGCGUCCUUCAAGGUAUGACACAGUCGUUCGUUUACCCGUCAAUGCAGCAUUUAAUCAGUCAAUGGAUACCCUUAGAAGAAAAAGGUCGUUUGAGCGCUGCUAUCUAUGGUGGAAGUCAACUCGGUGUAGCACUUCAGUUUAUUUCGUCAGGAUUUGUAGCUUCUGCUUGGGGUUGGAAAGCAAUAUUUUAUACGAACGGCGUUCUUGGAGCUUUGUGGACAGUUGCUUAUUUAAUAUUCGGAUCAGCGUCACCCGAACAAUCGAAGCUAAUCUCACGAGACGAAUUAAAGUAUAUUCAGACGUCCUUGGGACGAGUUGGGGAGCAAAAGAAAUACCCCACGCCAUGGAUGAAGAUCAUCACGUGUAUUCCAUUUUGGGCGGCAGUAGUGGCCCACUGCGGACAAAAUUGGGGCUUUUUUACUUUGAUGACGGAGAUGCCAACCUACAUGGCUAAAGUGUUGGGUGUGGACAUAAAACAAAAUGGUGUUUAUUCUUCUCUCCCGUACCUGGCGGUGUAUCUGUUGAUUUACCCAUUUGGUGUUGUUACAGACUUCGUUAUCAAACGUAAAUGGAUCAGCGUUACUAAUACUAGAAAAUUAUUUAACUUCAUAGGUCUCUGGUGCCCUGCUCUGGCUUUAAUUGGAUUGUCUUAUGCGCCAGAAGGUAACAUGUUGAUGGCGGUGGCAAUGUUAACAGUCACCGUUGGUAUUAACGCUGGUAUAUUUUCCGGGUACAUGUUAACUUUAAUUGAUUUGGCGCCGAACUUCAGUUCGACAUUAAUGGCUAUCUCGAACUUCGUCUCCAAUAUCAUAUCAAUAAUUGCACCUUUGGUUUGUGGCUUUAUUAUACAGGAUGAGACCGAUCCAUUGGAGUGGCGAAAAGUUUUCUUCUUAGCUUCCGCUAUAUACUUCUGCACCAAUUUAUGUUUCGUCUUAUUUACUACGUCGAACCAGCAGUCAUGGAACAAUCCAGAAGAGAACAACCCUGGUUAG